AUGAGGAAGCGCGAUUUGGCCAUUCUCAUGCUCUCGGCUUUUGCCAUCUUCUUCUCUCUUCAGCACGAGGGAGAUUUCUCGUUUCGAGAGGCGUGGCUCCAUCUUUCCGACGAGUAUCCGAUCAAGUACGAAGCUGAGAGGCUUCCUCCUCCUAUUGUAGCUGACCUGAAUGGUGACGGUAAGAAAGAAGUGCUCGUCGCCACUCACGAUGCCAAAAUUCAGGUGUUGGAGCCUCACUCUAGGCGAGUGGAUGAGGGGUUUAGCGAAGCAAGAGUACUGGCGGAGGUAUCAUUGUUGCCUGAUAAAGUUAGAGUUGCCUCUGGCAGACGAGCUGUGGCAAUGGCGACUGGGGUCGUUGAUAAGAUUUAUAAGCAAGGGCUCCCACUAAAACAGGUCUUGGUGGUUGUUACUUCAGGUUGGUCAGUGAUGUGCUUUGAUCAUAAUCUUAAAAAGCUAUGGGAAACAAGUCUGCAGGAAGAUUUUCCUCAUAAUGCUCACCAUAGGGAGAUUUCAAUCUCGAUUAGUAAUUAUACUCUGAAGCAUGGAGAUGCAGGAUUGAUCAUAGUUGGCGGCAGGAUGGAAAUGCAGCCACAUAUUUACUUGGACCCUUUUGAAGAAAUUGGCAUGGCUGAGAAAAAUGCCGAUCAGCACAGAAGAAGUGCUAGCGAGAAGGAGGCCUCCGAGAACGCUGGAGCAGUCAAUUUGCGCCAUUUUGCUUUCUACGCAUUUGCUGGUCUAACUGGUCAACUUCGAUGGAGUAGAAAAAAUGAGAAUAUCGAAGAGAAGGCUUCAGAUGUGUCUCAUUUAAUUCCGCAGCACAACUACAAGCUUGAUGUGCAUGCCCUGAAUGCUCGUCAGCCGGGAGAGUUUGAAUGCAGGGAAUUUAGGGAAUCAAUUCUUGGAGUUAUGCCUCAUCGGUGGGAGAGGAGGGAGGACACUUUGUUACAAUUGGCACAUUUCAAGCGUCAUAAAAGAAAAACAUUGAAGAAAGUAGCUGGAAAGACGACAAAUUAUCCAUUUCACAAGCCUGAGGAGAACCAUCCUCCUGGAAAGGACUCUUCUAAGAAGAUCUCAAACUUGAUUGGAAAAGCUGCAACUUAUGCGGGUUCUGCUAAAUCAAAGAAGCAGUUGAACUACAUUCCAACCAUAACCAACUACACUCAGCUCUGGUGGGUUCCAAAUGUUGUGGUUGCCCAUCAGAAGGAAGGGAUCGAGGCUCUUCAUUUGGCUUCAGGGCGCACCCUUUGUAAGCUUCAUCUGCAAGAAGGUGGUCUUCAUGCUGAUAUUAACGGCGAUGGAGUACUUGAUCAUGUGCAGGCUGUGGGUGGUAGUGGUGCCGAGAAAACUGUUAUGACGGGAUCAAUGGAAGUUCUACGACCUUGCUGGGCUGUUGCAACCUCUGGUGUACCAGUGCGAGAGCAACUCUUCAAUGUUUCAAUAUGUCACCACACUCUCUUGAAUUUGUUCCAACAUGGAGAAUUUUCCAGAAGCUUUGGUCAUACUACAGAUGUAUCUUCUUUAGAGGUAGCAGCUCCAAUUCUCAUCCCGAGAAGCGAUGGCCAUAAACAUCGGAAGGGCAGUCAUGGAGAUGUCAUCUUCUUGACCAAUCGUGGGGAGGUGACAUCAUAUGCCCCAGGGUUGCAUGGCCAUGACGCUAUCUGGCAGUGGCAGCUAAUGACGUAUGCUACGUGGUCGAACCUCCCUUCUCCAUCAGGAAUGAUGGAAAGUGGCACUGUGGUUCCCACACUCAAGGCGUUCCAACUUCGUGCACACGACACCCAACAGAUGAUCCUGGCAGCUGGAGAUCAAGAAGCUGCAGUAAUAUCCCCAGGCGGGAGCAUAAAGACGAAGGUUGAGUUACCAGCAGCUCCCACCCACGCCAUAAUCGCAGAGGAUUUCUCCAACGACGGGCUAACAGACCUAAUUGUCGUGACAUCGAAUGGGGUCUAUGGGUUUGUUCAGACCAGGACUCCUGGUGCCCUGUUCUUCAGCACAUUGGUUGGUUGCCUUUUGAUAGUGAUGGGAAUCAUCUUUGUGACUCAGCACUUGAACUCCAUGAAAGGAAAGCCACGACCAGCUUCUGGUCUCAGGUAA